AUGGCAGCCACACAGAAGAAUACGCAAGAGAUUGAGAAGGCGAAAGCCCUCAACCACGUGCCCUGGUGCGAAGAGUACGAGAAGAUGAUCUCAGGCAUGCUCUACGCAGCCCCCUCCCCGGAGCUUGCCCGCGCACGCUACCGCGCCCGUGCCUUCGCCCACAAAUUCAACACCUGGUUCCCCGACGCCUCGACCGACCCAGACACCGGCUUCGACGUGCUCGCCUCCGAGCGUCUAAAGCUCCUGCAAGGUAUCAUCGGGCGCCUGGGCGACGAUGAAAUAUUCAUCGAGCCGCCCUUUAACAUUGACUACGGCUGCAACAUCUCACUCGGCAAGCGGUUCUACGCGAAUUUCAACCUGACGAUUCUGGACUGCAGUCUCGUGACCAUUGGCGAUCGCUGCAUGUUUGGGCCUAACGUGAGUAUCUUUGCUGCCACGCAUGAGAGCGAGGUGCAGAGCAGGAGAGAUAACGUGGAGUAUGGGAGACCCGUGGUUGUAGGGGAUGAUUGCUGGAUUGGGGGGAACGUGGUUAUUCUGCCGGGUGUGACGAUUGGGAGAGGGUGCACGAUUGGGGCUAUGAGCGUGGUGACGAAGGAUAUUCCAGACUUCAGCGUUGCUAUGGGGCAGCCGGCGAAGGUGGUCAAGAAGGUCAGCCCUGUGCCAGAGGAG